AUGACAGAAGAUGCUACAGCCGAAAGAUGGUGCUACCCAGAGAUCAGUGUCCAGAAAUUUUCUUACAGUUGGACCAUAAGCAACUUCAGAUUCCUGCUUCAGGAAAUUGAGGAAGCCAUUAAAAGUCCAACCUUCUCAUCUGGAUCCAGUGUCAAUGACAAAUGGAGUUUGAAAGUACAGACUAACGGGAUCGACGAAGACAGCAAAGAUUACUUGUCAAUUCACCUAACAUUGCUCAGCUGCCCAGGAGCCCAGUGGGCAAAGGUCCAGUUUUCGAUGGUAAGUGUGGAGGGAGAGAAAACCAAUGGUAUGAUAAGCCCAAGAUUCUUCAAGUUCACGCCAAAUCAACACUGGGGAUUCAAAAAGUUCAUCCAUCGAGAUUUGUUCUUGACUUGGCUUCUCCCAGACAAUGAACUCACUGUCUUAUGCGAUGUGGACCUGGCAGUCCAAGACUCCUUCAUCAACUGCGAGGACAGCACGGUGCCAGGUAUCCAGAUUCCAAGGUGCACGAUGGCAGAUGAGCUAGGACAGCUGUGGGAGAAUUCCCUCUUCACAGACUGCAGCCUAGUGGUAGCUGGCCAGGAAUUCCGAGCUCACAAGGCCAUCUUAGCAGCUCGCUCUCCAGUUUUCAGAGCUAUGUUUGAACAUGACAUGGAGGAGAGCAGAACAAACCGCGUUGAGAUCCUUGAUCUGGAGCCGCAAGUUUUCAAGGCAAUGAUGGAAUUCAUUUACACCGGGAAGGCACCAGACCUCCACAGCAUGGCAAAUGCUGUUCUGGCAGCUGCUGACAAGUAUGGCCUGGAGCGUUUGAAGGUCUUGUGUGAGGAUGCCCUCUGCAGGGACCUCUCUGUGGAGAAUGCUGCCCAUACUCUCUUCCUGGCUGACCUCCACGGUGCAGGGCAGCUGAAAACCAAGGCCCUGGAUUUCAUUACAGCUCAUGCGUCUGAGGUUUCUGAGACCUCAAGCUGGAAGAAAAUGGUGGGCUCCCCUCGUUCCCAGGCCACCUGUGUAGACUACAGUACAUCAUUAGUGUAUACGGAGUACCUGGGGAAAGACAGCAUGGGGGCUCAGCCUUUUAAUGCCCCUCUAAAUGAGUUGAAUGGGGAUCAGUGGAUUCCCCAAUACUAUACCCUUUUGCCGGACUGGUUUGCUUACUAUCCAAUGAGUUGGAUACUGGCAUUCUAUUCAGUUGCUUGA